GGUCAGGUAUGUUCAAAAGUGAGCGAAAUCUCGCAGAAAAUCCCCAUGUGCCACAGGUUCGCUCUGUUUUAUAAAGACGCCACAGUUAAUAGCAUUGACCGGACGACCUGAUACUUCCGGCAUUUCAUUCAUCGCCUUUUUUGGCUUCUUUGCUACUGCUUAGCUACCGUCCAUGUCCUCGGGACUUGGAUUCCGGCCAUCGGAUCUUUCUUUCUUUUCCCGGAAGUUUGUUUCUCCGAUCAAUCACCGGGAAAACGUCAGAUUGCCCUUCACUCCUCUAAGGAAAAUGAACCCGGAGCAGCCCAUGAGGUGGGGUUCCGGUUGCUGCCUUGUUGUUGCAGCCAAGAGGCCGCCGAUUGACGGCGUUCCGGCAGAGCUCAACAAAAUCGCUUCCCAGAAACUGGACUCUGCUCCGGCACGCCGGCGGGUCCGAUCGGCUUUCAUAGAGAUUCAACAGCAGCUCGAUCACUGCUUGUUCAAGAUGGCUCCUGCUGGGAUCAACACUGAGGAGUGGUAUGAAUGUAAUUCAAGGGGUCUGAAUAUUUUCUGCAAAAGAUGGUUUCCCGAGCCUGAUGUUCAUAUCAAAGGUGCUGUGUGUUUCUGCCAUGGCUAUGGUGGCACCUGCACUUUCUUCUUUGAUGGAACUGCUAGGCACAUUGCUGCAUCUGGGUAUGCCGUUUAUGCUAUGGACUAUCCAGGUUUCGGUCUAUCAGAAGGAUUGCAUGGUUAUAUUCCCAGCUUUGAUCAACUAGUUGAUGAUGUUAUAGAACAGUACAAGAAGUUUAAAGGGAGACCAGAAUUGAAAGGAUUGCCUCAUUUCAUAUUAGGACAGUCCAUGGGAGGAGCUAUUACCUUGAAAAUUCACUUGAAGGAACCAAAUCUCUGGGAUGGACUGGUCCUUGUGGCUCCCAUGUGUAAAAUUGCAGAUGAUGUGAAGCCGCCAGACCAUGUGCUUAAGGUUUUAAGUCUAAUGUCUAAUGUCAUGCCAAAAGCCAAGCUUCUACCAAAUGUCGAUUUCGACGAACUGGCUCUCAGAGAAACGAAGAAAAGGAAACUGGCUGUCUACAAUGUUAUAUCAUAUGAAGAUCGGAUGCGUGUAAAAACUGCCAUGGAACUUUUAAAGGCGACGGAUGAUAUUGAGAAACAACUGGAGAAAGUUUCAUCGCCAUUAAUGAUUCUUCAUGGAGCUGCAGACAAGGUGACGGAUCCUAAAAUUAGUCAAUUUCUAUACGAGAAGGCGUCGAGCAAGGACAAGACUCUGAAACUCUAUGAAGACAGUUUUCAUUGUAUUCUUGAAGGGGAACCCGAUGAAAGAAUUUUCACUGUUCUAAAUGAUAUCAUCCAUUGGCUAGAUUCCCGAUGCUCCUCGACGUAGUUCUUAGUUAAUUGCACAGUGAUUCUUCCAUUGUUUCUGUUAUGAUAAGUUAAGUUAAUGUAACACACUCUCAUGUUAUCUCAAAUUAUCUAGGCAUUUGAACUUUAAA